GCUUUUUUAAAAAUCAUUAUUAUGCAUCCAGUAGUUUCCUUGUUUUGUAAAAAAACAGAAAAAAAACUCCUAAAUGUCAAAGUGCCACCAGCCCAGUGCUUCCUUUAUAUGACACAAACCUCUAAUUUACAGAAAAUACUGAGGAAAAUCAGCAAAUCUGCACAUUUAAAGAGGCUGAAGCAUUUAAUUUAGCCCUUUUUACAUGAGAAAUGACUGAUUAAUCACCUGUACUUUGAUCCUAAUUGGCAUCAGAUACAUCCCAUAAUACAUCCACAUCAAGCAUAGUUUUAGUGAAACUAUGGAGAAAUUACAAUACAGAUGACACUCGAGUCUAACUGCUGCUGUUUGAAGUAUGGCCACUUAAAUAUCCAGCUCGGGAUGGGGCUGUAUAUUGUCGCACCUUUGUUCUGAUAAGGGUCCCUGCCCCCAUCAACAAAGUGCGAACGACUGGGAGGGUCGCAGCAAUAUAAGAGGCCAGAGGAGAGUCGGGAGGGACUCUGUAUUUUGGGUGACCUGUGCUACUGUCCUGCUGUUCGCCACGCUGAAGUUUCUCCUCAUGGAUUUCCUCCGCGCUUAUCUCCUGGGCACCGUUCUCUUCGGAGUCGCCAAAGCUUUUACGCAUGAGGAUAUGAAGGAUGCACUGCUGCAGAAACUGGGGUUGGAUGAAGUUCCAAACAUCCAUAAGAGGGAUUUGGAGAAUCUGGUUAUUCCGGCGCAUAUCAAGAAUAAAUACUUGUCCAUGCUGAAGAUGCACCACAGCAGAAGACGCAGAUCUUUGCCCAGUUUGGUGGGCAUCCUGCGAGGAAUCCCUGGCAAUGCAGAUAUUUCUGGAGAGUACGUGUACUCUGAUGCCACCCGGCAUCGCAUGGUGUUCGACAUGGAGGCGAGGAUCCCGGAAAACAGCGAGGUGACCAUGGCGGAGCUGAAGCUCUACCAGCAGGCUUCCCACACCAAACGCUUCACCAUGGCGACGAGGCACCACCGGCCCGUGAACAACGCCAGAGUGAGCAUCUACUGGGUGGAGGUGCUGCCCAACGGAUCCAACCGGACAUCUCUGAUAGACUCCCGGUUGAUCCCCAUUCACGAAACAGGCUGGAAGAGCUUUGAUGUCACCCAGGCGGUGCACUAUUGGUCCAAGACGCAGCAGAAGACACCUAUGCACCUGGAGGUGUGGAUCGAGGGCGACAGACCUGGCAGCUACGCGGCAGAGAUGGCCAAGAGUGUCCGCUUUACCACCCAGAAGCAGACGGACAACACCUUGGGGAAGCCCGAGCUCAUCCUCUACACACUCAACCUCGAAGAGUACGGUUCUCGAGGCGACUGUGACGUCCACCAGAACAAAGACACCUGCUGCAGAGAACAGCACUUCAUCAACUUCCGCUCACUCACCUGGACUCAGUACUGGAUCAUCGAGCCGGCGGGCUACCAGGCCUUCAGGUGCACCGGAGGAUGCAAACAGCCGAAACGCAACUACGGUUACGGAGAGCGGCGGUGCACGGUGUCCGAAAGCGCACCGCUGCCCAUCAUGUACCUGGUGAAGAAGGGAGACUACACCGAGAUCGAGGUGGCCGAGUUCCCCAACAUGAUAGUGGAGAGGUGUGCGUGCACGAUGGACAACGUCUCCAUAGUAUGAAGUCACAGGAAGCAGCUGUAACCGUCCUGUAAUCACAGAAAUACAGGCAGGUUAUGGUGUUUUUUCAUUUGGGUGUUGAUAUAUUUAAGGGUUUGAACACGUGUAGUACUUUAUAUUUAAAUCUGCUGGGAGACGUUCUGCUUCCACUGAACUCCACCUCCCUCCACAAGCACUUCUAUAUAGUUUGUAAAUUCUGAUAUUUUUUUAAUUUGGAUUUGUGUGGGCCGUGCUGCUGCUGUCAUUCAGAUCUGUGUUUUCCUGCUGUACAGAAAAUCAAUGAGUUUAUGUUUGGUAAAUAAAGUGUUUAGUUUGACGUAAAGCUGCUGCUCGUCCUCCUCCCUGCUGCUUCUGUCUGCUCCUUUCACAUUCAUGACCACAUUCACAUGCAUCCAUACAGCUGCCGGGUCUUUCACCUUGCUGUUUGCACCGAUAGGAAAUUGCAAAGCCGAGUAAAUACUUUGCCUAAUGACUGACAAGGCUUGUUAGGCUGUGGAGGGCCAAAGCUGCUGUAAUGCUUUAUUUGCAGUGGGAAGGAGCUACACGGGCGCCUACAGAGAAACAUGAAGUGGAUUCACAUUAAGCCGGGCUCUCCAUGUGUUUACAUCAGGCUUAGGCCAGUAAUCAGAGCCCCUACCUAACGCCCCGUUUGCUGUCUGAGUGGGGGGUCUCGUCGGUCGCUAAUAUGCUACGGAUGAAGGUAAAUGUACCGAAGACCAGCAGCUGUCUGUCUGGGAGGGACGUGAAUUCCCAUCAUGCAGCAGUGAAAAGAAGAAACACAGGUGGUGGUGCUGUAAAAGGACAAAAAUACAGGAGUGAAAGACAUAUUCAGAUGCUCAACUUAAGUAAUAAAACUCUGUAAAGAUGCUCCACAAGUAGAAGUUCAGCAAAAGUUUGUACGUUUGGUUUAGAAAAUGCAGUUCAAGGACAGACAGACAGACAGACAGACAGAUAGAUAGAUAGAAAGAUACUUUUUUGCACUGCAAAAAAAACCAAAAACAGUGAAUCUUCUACUUUUACAAGUUGUACCAUAUGCUACAUUGUUAAUAAUGAGUCAUAUUACAAACCAGACUUCAACUAAUGACUAUUUUCAUUAUGGAUUAAUCUGUCUAUGUGGUUCAUUAUUUGGUGUGUUGCACCAAAUGUGCAUAUUUUAUUUAAAAAAAAAAAAAACACAGAGCCCUGAAAUGUUGAAAUUUUUAUGAACAAUGAUUUUAGGUCGAUUUCGGCUCUAUUUCUGUGAACAUUUUAAGCUAUGACAGAGCAAAUGCAAUAUUUCAGUAACUCUCCAUGUCUGUUAUAAUAUGUGUCAUACCAGAUCUAGUUAUUUAAGAUGUUUCGAUUAGGGAUGUCCAAUAUUAGCAUAAAAUCUAAUAUUGGUCAACAUCAUUCUCGUAUUUUUUGCCGAUCGUGAAAACCGAUAAAAUAAUGCCUGGAUUUUGCCGGCAUUUACUGACUCAUAGAGGGAGGGAGAGUGUGAACUGUUGCUUGAGACAAUUAAAGAAAAAUAAAUGUCAUUUUUACCUCAUGUACCUUCAGUAUUGCCAGUACUUACAGGGAGUUAGGGGUUUAACUCAAGCCUUACACUGCCAUGUAAUGAUUUUCAGCUGAAAUUUGUAUAUUAUGGAUUAUAUUUUGAUGAAAACCGAUAAAAUAAUGCCUGGAUUUUGCCGGCAUUUACUGACUCAUAGAGGGAGGGAGAGUGAGAACUGAGCUAACGAGGCUAAUGUUAGCUGCUAAUGCUGCCUGAUACAUUAAUCAUUUCAACUGAGCUUCUACAGGAUUUUAAAAUGCUAUUACUAAUUUAGAUAAUAUAAACUAUUAUGAGAUUUUUUAAAUGUUGUGUACUUUUAAAUGAAAUUUACCCCUAAAUGUCUCCCUGAUGUGAUUUCUGAUGAGGUUGUAGAUGAAACUAGCAUUGAUACCUACCUAGCAGGCUAGUGGCUAACGUUAGCUCGCACUCCAAACUGAGCUCAAGCUGCAGAAUUCUGCUUCAAAUUAGCUUACCAAAGCUCUAACUGCAUCACCUAACUGCAUCCUUACACGUCCAGAUGUUUUGGAUGUUAUUUUCGAGAAGCUGAACUUCAGUUGGAGUAGUUUUCUUAUUUUACAGACCAUGUUUCCAUCUAAGAAAGCAUCCAAUGAGGGAUCACAAUAAAAUGAGGCAUGACGUGUUAAUUCCACCACAGGAGUUAUGUGAUGUUACCUAGAAUUAGUUAAGAAGCCCACAGAUAUCGGUUCAUAUCACAGUUGGAAAUUAAGAGUUGGACAAUAUCGGCAUAUCGGUUAUUGGCAAGAAAAAGACAAUAUCAGACAUCCCUAGUGUCAAUAACGAUCACAAACAUCAUCAGGUGUCGUCAAAUCCAGUAGAAUCGACCCUUUGUUGGCUUUAAAUACAGUAAAAGUAGCAAACUUUUGUGAUAAAUCUUAAAUCUGGUGGUUAUCGGUUCUUCUGAGAGCAACUUUUUGGCAGUCAGAGUGAACAUCUGGUUUGAAAAAUCACAACACAUAAGCAUGGUGGCGGCAGCAUCAUUCUACGGAGACAAUUUCCUGUAGCAGACCUUGGAAAGCAGAGGGCAAAAUGACAUCCUGGAAUAAAACAAUUUACAAACUUUUUAUGACAUCUGUCUUCCAGCAGGACUCGGAGCUAAAGUCUAGCAGUCGGUAAAGGAUUGAAACUGUUGUAGAGAUCAGUUUGAAAUCAGACGAGUUUCUGUCUAAACUCUGUUGAACUAAAACAACUUCUAACUUGUCAGAACUUUUUCAGAAGGUCAUUACCAAAUUGGAUGAUGUGCAUCUUGAGAAAGUCAAACAUUUUCUUGCAAAACUGAAGAACUUCCUUUAAAACGCUGCCGUUUCUAUCAACUUU